AUGGCAGAUACUGUGGUAGAAAACGGUGUUUCUGUGGCACAUGAAAAAUUCAUUGACAGCAUAGAUCCGGAUGACCCAGAAUAUAGGCGCCAGCUGUUAAGGCCAGCUGAAAUUAAAGAGGACUUAAAUAUGAUGACGGAGCGUCGUCGGGUUUCUUUGAUUUUGAGUUCUGAGUCAUUUCGAAAAGAACUGGAGGAAAUCAUUGAGACGUACACUCGCUCGCAAGAGUCAACCGGGCUCAAUUCCAGUCUCUUGUCCUUGCAGCACUUAGCAGACCUUUUUUCGACAAUCCCUGGCAAGCGUCCCCCCACUGGUGGUGGCUUCACUAAAUGUCAUCAAAAUGGGAUCAUUCCUAUUAAUGAUCUCCGUGGUUCAGAUUCUGGUCUUUACUCACGAAGAGAGCGUAUCUAUCGCUGUAAGCUGGCUUCUGUGUACCGCCUUAUCGAACUAUUUGGCUGGAACGCGAGUAUUUACAACCACGCCACUGUCCGGCUAAGUCGAAAUGAAGAACACUUUCUUAUAAAUCCGUUUGGAUUGCUCUACCACGAAGUGACAGCGUCAUCCUUAAUCAAAAUUGACAGUCAGGGUGUGGUCUUAGAUCCAGGAUCAACCGUACUCGGGGUUCACCAGGCUGGAUGGCUGUUUCACUCUGCCGUCCACUUAACCCGCCCUGAUAUUCGUUGCAUAAUUCAUCUGGGCACGCCUGCUACCAUUGCUGUAUCGUGCAUAAAGACGGGCCUGCUCCCGUUAUCACAAGAGGCAAUUAUUCUUGGCGAAGUGGCGUAUUACACUCCGGUGCGGACAGGGAACGCCGAUUCCGCUGGUGACGCCACAGAUGCUGAAGCUACCGAUGGUGGAGCCGGUUCUUUCUCCCUCGCUGCUGCUGAUCUAAGCGCUGAGAGGGCUGCGGUGAGCAAGGUGAUUGGUCAGGACACUCACAUUCUCUUCGUUCGUUGUCGUGGUCUCCUUGCUCUUGGUGAGACUGUUGAGGAAGCUUGGCAUUAUGCCACUAACGCUGUGGUAGCUUGUGAAACUCAGCUACGACUGGCCUCCCUGGGAAUUGAUCAUUUAGUGCUGCCCGACCAGCAGGUACAGAAGAAGGCCUACGAGGCCUGGCGCACAACAGAGUUGGGUGGAGUCUCGGGCCCGGAGGCAGCUGUGGCCAUCCGGUUAGCCCACGCGCGCACUCUUUCAUUGUCCCGAAAAAACAACGGCAUUGAUGCCGGCUACCUCUCCGAUUGUUCGGUGGCGGCUCACGCUACAAACCCGGCUCGUCCCUGGCGUCUUGGCGAAUUGGAAUUUGAGGCUCUGAUGCGUCAUCUUGACAACGAUGGCUAUAGAACCGGUCAUAUUUAUCGCCAGGAUGCCGCUGUCAGUCCCCGACCGUCCCGGAGAACUCUGGACCGAUCCGGUGCCUUAGCCGGAAAUAAGCGCUUUGACGAUGUCGAAGUACCGCCCUUCACUUCUUCGGCUGCCGCCACCAUUGCCCACUACUACGAUGAUACUGGCGCUUUUUCAGGAGACGAGUCGGAAGGUCCAAGACCAGGCACUCUUCGACGUCAGUGGUCAGACCGGCGAUGGCUCAAUACACCAAAUAACUACACCAAGGAAAUCUCAACUCUGCCGGGUCGUCAGCCAGUUGCUCACUGGGUCUCAAGUCGUGAGGCCACACUGCAUAUGGAGAUCUCUAGUGGCCGGCUGCCUCCUCCCACUCCAUUCCAUCCCCUCACCCCCGCCGCCAUCCCUCUUGGCACCAUUGGAGCUCAAAGCAGCACUCCUUCUAGUGGCAUAACCUUUAAUCGGUUUGCGCCACAGGGCAACGAUCCCAAAGAGCUGAAAGAACAUCAAAAGAAGGUCAAGGAGAAGUACUAUAAAGAUACGAACACAGCUGGACCGCAGUCGCGACUCCUGGAUGGGCUGACGUGGGACGAAGCGCGACGCAUCCGUGACGAAGCCCUAACCAAGGCACUUGGUCCCGGUGCGGUCUCAGCAUCCCUUCCAGACUCGCAUUCCACGGUGGCCGCAGCCAGCAAAGCCAUCCUUCAGCGCGAUGUCCGUGAUGCCGCCGUCGUUUAUGAGGGUGUUUACACGAAGCAAAAUCCGUUCGGUCAGGUGACAGACGAGGAGUUAGAGGCCUACAAACAGGAAAUCGAACUGAAGACCAACCCAAAACUCUAUGCCGAGUGGCUUCGACAGCAGGAGGCCGCCGCAGCAGCUGAUCAUGUGAAGAGCACUCCGGAUACAACCGGCGGUAAGCUGUCUUUGAGUGUCCCUUCUUAA